AACAGUCAUCCGGCUUUCUCCAUCUUCAUCAUCGCAAGUCACACAGUCGAAGCCAAAACGAAACAUAGGAGGGAGGGAACCAGAGAAGCGUGGAUCCAGCGAAGAAGACGACGAUGAUCGAGCACAAGGUUCACGCCAGAGUGGGGCUGCUGGGGAACCCUAGCGACGUCUACUACGGACGCACCAUAUCCCUCAGCCUCGGCAACUUCUGGGCGUCCGUCCGGUUACAUCCUUCCGAGCACCUCCUCAUCUCUCCUCAUCCCUUUCACGAUCUCGUCCAAUUCGAUUCUCUCCCUCACCUGGUGAAUAGAUUGAAUAAUGAAGGUUAUUAUGGUGGUGUGCGUUUGCUCAUGGCAAUUUGUAAAGUGUUUCACCAUUACUGCAAAGACAAUGAUAUUAAUCUUCAGGGAGGGAAUUUCACUUUAUCAUAUGACACUACCAUCCCUCGUCAGACAGGGCUUUCUGGUUCCAGUGCUAUUGUAUGUGCUGCACUCAACUGCCUCCUUGACUUCUACGAAGUUAGACAUUUGAUUAAAGUAGAGGUCAGACCAAAUCUUGUCCUGAAUGCAGAAAAAGAGCUCGGUAUUGUUGCCGGUCUGCAGGACCGGGUAGCACAGGUCUAUGGGGGGCUUGUUUACAUGGAUUUUAGCAAGGAGUACAUAGAUGACCUGGGCCAUGGAAUGUAUACACCCAUGGAUAUCGAUCUUCUCCCACCUCUGCAUCUUAUCUAUGCUGAGAAUCCAAGUGAUUCAGGGAAGGUGCAUAGUACAGUCCGGCAAAGGUGGCUUGAUGGUGAUAAGUUCACUACAUCAUCUAUGGAGGAGGUUGCAAAUUUACCUUUAGAAGGACGGACUGCGUUACUGGAAAAGAACUAUACCAAAUUUGCAGAGCUCAUGAACCGUAAUUUUGACCUUCGAAGGGCCAUGUUUGGAGAUGAUGUUCUUGGUGCUCUAAACCUAAAGAUGGUGGAGGUAGCCCGAAGCGUUGGUGCUGCUGCAAAAUUUACUGGUAGCGGAGGUGCAGUGGUUGCCUUUUGUCCUAAUGGGCCUUCACAAGCUAAACUCCUGGAGGAUGCUUGUGAGAAAGCUGGAUUUGUCAUUGAACCAGUUAAAGUUGUCUCUUCUUGUCUAAAUGAGAUUGAUCUCAAAACCCUGUCACCACAGUAAAUGUAUUCUCUCAACCCUAGUCUUGUUUCCACUAGCUGAUUGAACGUUAUGGAAUUUUUCUUCCCUAAUCAAUAAAGUUUAGUCAGGCCCACGGUGGUCUUGCUGUU